AUGUUCAAAUCAUUCUGGAUCCGAUACCAUCUUUCGAGAUCUGUUCCAUGGGAGUUCAGGCCCUUCUACAGCCUUAUCGCCGACCCUGCCGCAGGCACUGUGACCGUGGUGGCUCGCACGCCACGUCUUAAAUGCCCAUGGCUUUGGAAAGACAAAAUCGGCCAUGAGCAGACACCUUCAACAGAAUGGCGUCUGAAACGCUGGCGCCAUCGAACCUUCUACAGUUCUAUAAAGUGCUUCAGGUCACUAUACUGGCUUUUACCGGUCACAAUAUUUCGGCUAUUUAAGAAAUUGGGACAACGUAGUCAUUCCAAAAAAGAUUCUACUGGCAUUGAUCCUAUCACUGUACCCAGUAGGGCCUUUCAAAUGGAGCUUAGCGGGAAUUCUAACUGGUCGACUUACAACCUAGCUUUGGAAUCGCGCAACAAAGCCGAGAAAAUCAAAACAGAAUUUCAUGUAGGCCAGCCGACUUUACUCCACAGUGUCUGGAUGACGGCAUCGCUUCGAUGCGGGUUCAGCAUGUGCUCUGAAGACGACGAGUCAGCGCGUAAUCUGGAGUAUAGGUUACAAGAAGAGACGCGUUUUGUUGUGGAUGGUGAUCUGAGCAUAGGGAAACCAACACCCUUAGCAAUGGAUUGGGCGCAAUUCGUCUUGUUCGUUCGAGGUAUUGGCAUCCACCCUUUCCAUGUUGACCCGGAUUUGAAGGACUACAAGCUCGUGGCUAUGGAUGGGAACACGGUACUUCGUGUGUCGGAAGUCAAUCAUCGAUGGUUUGCUGAGCUUCAACCAAAUCACAAUCAUCAGCGGUCCGUCCGACGAGCUCUUGCUUGGGACCACAUUAUGGUUCUUGACCGCAACAAAUCGUUCUUUUGUUGGGCACUUGGAAAAAACUACACUGUCCCCUUGCACACUCUUAAUAUUGGCUCGGGACUAUCCUCAGCUGUCAGUCCUAUCUGUUUAAUAAACAAUAACUAUACCACGGAUCUCACAAAGGAUUCGAUCUCUUCGAGCCGAUGCGACAUGUCCGGGAGAGAUCCUCAAGAUUGUCCGGAUCAACUAGCUGCAGCCCUAACGUGGUUGUUUUACGAGCAAGGGUGUCAAAGGCGAGGCGAAAUCCUGCCUAUCAGUCAGCGAUUCUUAGAAGUACGAGAGCGGAGUUUAUGUCUUUUGAAAAGACUUGACCGAGAAACAGUUCCUGAACAGAGAAUGCAUUCGAUACUGGCCACGCAUAUAGAACGGGAAAAACUGUCCGCUGUACAGGCUACGGCCUUGAAAAAUUCUAAGAUCUCAAAACUCUCAGAUAAAGUUUUAAGCAGUCUCCGAAAGGCUUUCGAUAAUUCUGAGUACGUUGUUGGGACAUGUAAGCUUUAUGAAAGUUUACCCAAAUUAUACGGUCCAAUAAGAUUUUCUUUAUGGGGAGGGGAGUACUUCAGCCUUCUAGCAGAAGAGGUUGGAGAGCUUCUCGAGACAACCCAAAGACCGCUGAAGGACGCUUUCCAAAACCGACGUACCGCGACAAUCGACAACCCGGAACUGGAAUCAAGCGAGAACCUAAGAAGACUCAAAUCAUUAUUUGAUCCUUUUGAAGCCGAGAUACCGAAGCGAGAAGUUCAACUAGCUGACGAAUCGGACGACAUGACACUUCUAGCACAUAUUCUCCUAGGUCUUGCCGAUUGGGAAGGGUGCCGAAGGCAACGAUGGAUGCUUACAGAUGAGAUGUCUUCCAUAACGCAAAUACUGAAUAACAAAGCCUCAGAACGCAGUGACAAGGAAAUUGGAUACGUAUAUGAGAUAGCUACGGAAGAUUUUGACAAGCUAAAAAGGCACGCGGAGCAUGGCAUUUACGCUUCACCCCCUUUACCAAAAAGGAAUACUCUAUUGCAGAGGGAAAGGAAUAUGUAUUUACUCUAG